GAGAUCGAUGACGCCGGCCGUCGCGACGCCGCGGCGAAUAUUCCUCUCGACGGGUCCGCACUCUUCCGGGUGACUCUCGGUUACGCGGGAUCGCAUCAAGCCGGGGGGGCCCCCCGCUCGUCGUCCUGGGAGAUGUGAUGUGCCGGCGGAGUCCAUCCACGUCAGCGGCCGCUCCGACGCACGAUCGAUCCGCCCGACGGGGGAAGAGGCGGGAAGAGGAAAGUACACAAAACGCGAUCUUCAUAAGAUGCGUCAUGGUUAACGAAACGCCGAUAAUGUCGGUGCUGUCGUCGUCGUCGUCGUCGGUAUUAGCGAUGUACAAUGUGUCGUUGGCGUUGCACAACGGCUCCAGCUACCCGCAGGACGACGUGACGGCGAACGUGGCGGUGCAGAUACUCAUCUGCGCCUUCUACAUCCUCAUCUUCGUGCUGGGGAUCUUCGGCAACGUGCUGGUGGUCUUCGUGGUGAUUCGCAACCGGCAGAUGCACACGGUGACGAAUCUCUUCAUCGCGAAUCUCGCGCUCAGCGACGUGCUGCUGUGCGUGCUCGCCGUGCCCUUCACGCCCCUCUACACCUUCCUGGGCGGCUGGAUCUUCGGCAGGACCCUCUGCCACCUGGUGCCGUACGCCCAGGGCGUGAGCGUGUACAUCAGCACGCUCACGCUCACCAGCAUCGCCAUCGACCGGUUCCUGGUCAUCAUCUAUCCGUUCCAUCCGCGCAUGAAGAUCGAGAUGUGCCUGGCGAUCAUCGUGAGCGUCUGGGUGGUCGCGCUGCUGCUCACCCUGCCGUACGGGCUGUACAUGCAGCUGGAGGAGCCGCACAUCUACUGCGAGGAGCACUGGCCGAGCGAGCCGUUCCGCCAGAUCUUCAGCUCGUUCACCACGAUACUGCAGUUCGUCGUGCCGUUCUUCGUCAUCGCCUUCUGCUACAUCUGCGUGUCGAUCAAGCUGAAGAACCGGGCGCGCUCCAAGCCCGGCAGCAAGACGAGCAAGCGCGAGGAGGCGGACCGCGAGAGGAAGCGCCGCACGAAUCGCAUGCUGAUCGCGAUGGUCAUCAUAUUCGGCGUCUCCUGGAUGCCGCUCAACAUCGUCAACAUCGUCGACGACUUCUACACGUACGCCAACGACUGGUCCUACUACAGACUGUGCUUCUUCAUGUCGCACUGCAUCGCCAUGAGCAGCACCUGCUACAACCCGUUCCUCUACGCCUGGCUCAACGACAACUUCCGCAAGGAGUUCAAGCAGGUUUUGCCAUGCUUUUCGAGAAACUCCAACGGCAACACCCCGAGGACCAAGGAGGGUUCCAAGGACAAGAUAUGUAACGGUAAUAACACCAUGCAAGAGACUCUGCUGCCCAGCAACACGACGACGCGGGCGCAGAAUCCCGAGGGAUGCGAAAUGAUCAUUCUGGAGGCAACAACGAACGUUUCGAAAGAACAGGAUCAGCCCUCCGGCUCCUCCAAGGACUUUGACGACGCGGCACUGUAAGAGAAAGCUCGACAGAAGAUCCAGUCAUCUAAUGGGGUGGAAAACGCCAUCCUGCUUCCAUUAUUGUGGUCAAAAUAAAUCAAAAUAUGUAAAAAGAAUGCUUGCAAGAAUAAUGCGUUUAUCGCGAAUUCUGUAUUAUAUACGUUGCGCGUAUUUGUAAACUGUGAUGUAAUUAAGAAUAGCAUUAGAUAAGCAUUAGUAAUAAGAGCAUGCAUGCAUCAAGCUGUGAGCGCUAGGCUCGAAAAUAUAAAAAUGCGGAUAUUAUAAAUGCGUCUUCAUCAAUGGCCUGUUCACGAUAUAUGUAUUUACAUUCAAUCGUAAUAAACGACGCAUCUGUAAUACA